UGACCCCCUCCCCUUCCAUCCCUCCUCUUUCUUCUCCUCCUCCUCUCCAACCACCAUAACCUCCCGCUCCGGCAACCCGACCUGUCAGCUCCGUCCUCCGGCACGGCAUCACCGCAGCACCACCGCUGUCACACUGACCGGAACUCAACACGUUUCCGGUUCUCAGUCCGGGUCUAUUUCAGAGGACGGACCAGGCGAGAGGCUCCUCCUCCCCCUCCUCAGAGAACCGGGGCCGUCUGGAGCGCGGAGCCCGGACUGUCAUGAGCCGUGCGGCGCGGAGAUGGCGUCCUUCCCCGGUUUGUGUAAGUCGGUCGUCGUCGGGCCCGCGGAGGAGGACGGAGACACGGACGGUUCCCUGCAACACAUGCUGAAGGCUAUCGCCGACGAGAGGAACCGACUCAACAUCCGCCAGGAGAUCAGCGGGCUGGGCUGUUUCAAAGACGACCGCAUCGUCUUCUGGACCUGGAUGUUUUCCACGUACUUCAUGGAGAAGUGGACGCCGCGUCAGGACGACAUGUUGUUCUACGUCCGCAGGAAGUUGUCCUACGUUAGCGCGGACAACUCGGACGGCAAGAAGGUGACGACACGACACUUCAAUGAAGUAAAGUAGGAAUCAGUCGAUUUGAAAACAACAUACGUGUGACACGGAGUCAUUUAUCAGCACGUUGUUAUGCGUCGUAGUUUAAGUAAAGAUUUUUUUUAAAUGGUUCUAGUUAACAAAGUUCUAGAAUUUAUUACAUGUUCUAAAGACGGUUAAUAAAGUUAAAGAAUAUAUUAAAUGUUUCGAAAGCUCCUUACCCAGGUGCUAAACAUUAUUAAAGGGUUCUAAAGCUGGUGAACCAGGUUCUAGAAUUCAUUAGCAAGGUUCUAAAGAUGGUUAACAAAGUUAUAGAAUUUAUUGAAUGGUUAUAAUGCUCCUAAACAAGGUUCUAUAAAUUAUCAUAUGGUUUCUAAAGCUAAUGAAGGUUCCAGUUGUAUGUGUAGUUCUUAAUUUAAUUAGAGCGCCCCCUAUAGUGUAAAUGGCCGCUUCAAGAAUCAACCGUGUUAAGGUGGUAGUUUUCUAAUUUACUGAAAACUU